UUUUGUCGACAAAAAUAAAAUGUAUGUUUUAUUUUUAUUCAAUAUAUUCCUCUUCGCGACGGAAGUGCUGACACUUAUGGUGAAGAUUGGGUACAUUUUCGCCGCACAGGUGGCCAAAUACGUGUGCGGACCACAAGAGCGCAAAUCGGUGGCCGGACAGGUGGUGGUCGUGACCGGCGCCGGCAGUGGUAUCGGUCGGGCGCUGGCCGUCACGUUUGCCGUCGAGUUGGGCGCAGUCGUCGUCCUUUGGGACAUCGAUCGGAACUCGGUAGAGGCGGCCGCCCGCGAGAUACGAGCGGCGGGUGGUGUGGCCCACGCCAUGACCGUCGACGUGAGCGACGAGAAGUUGGUGGAGAUGGCCGCCCGACAGGUGCGCGAACAGGUGGGCGCCGUACAUAUGCUCAUCAACAACGCCGGCGUCUGUCCGUGUCUGCCGUUCAAACAGCUCACUGCUCAACAGAUCCGCCGCACGUUCGACGUCAACGUUAUGUCACACUUUUGGACAAUCAAAGAGUUUCUGCCGAUUAUGGAGGAGUGCGGUCGCGGCCAUAUCGUGUGCAUCGCCUCGUCGGCCGGCAUUAUGGGCAGUCCGUACUUCACGGCCUACGGGUCCUCCAAACACGGAGUGGUGGGACUGAUGUCAUCGCUGCGCAAAGAACUACACGCGAUGGACAAACACAACCAGAUCAAGAUGACCACAAUCUGCCCGCUGGGCAUCAGCGGCACACACAUAGACAUACCGACGCGAACCCGAUUCCCGCGCGUUCUGCCCGUAAUGACGCUGGACUUCGCCGUCGCUCAGAUGGUGGACGGAAUACUGCGCGAAGAGGACCUCUUUGUCAUACCGUUCACAUUCCGGUGGCUGUAUUUCAUACACCGAUUAUGUCCGCUAAAAGUGUCGCAACUAUUGUUUGAGUUCUUGGACUACGCGGUAGAGCCCGAGGGCUUUCACGCACCUGUAGGUCGCAGUCACUAUCACGACCACAGAGACCAUCGCAACCAUUACUGACUGGUCUCGAAGACAGGCAUAUCUUAAGAGCUUUGAUAUCUCCCCCCGAAGAAUAUGAUUCUCUCUACUGAAUACAGUGUACUUACGCUAUAAAUAUCACUCAUUUUAUAUUUUUGUAAUUGUUUUUAUGAUAAAUUUAGUGCCAAAUACUAUGUAUCCUAAAAAAAAUAUAUCACAAUUUAUGUUAAUUUUUAAUCAAUUACGGUAAUUGUUUACCAGAAUCUAAUCAAAACCAACACUUUUUAAUUGUUAUCAC